AUGGUCGCUGCGAAACGCAAGAGGAACGCUGCUGCGAUGCCUGCUGCAGUUCCGUCUCCGCCACCCAAUGGACUUACCAAUCCUCAGGCGAAUCCUGAGGUCAUUGACGCGCCUAAUGCAUACAGAGCGUCGCCAGACAGUGAUGUGGAUCAGCGCAUCGCACCUGGACCCAUCAAGUCAGAGCCGGGAUCAGAGUCGCCUCUGUCGGAUGUACCUGAUGCUGAGCCGCCGGCCAAGAAGAGGAACACCAAGAAGGGUGCUGCUGUCAAGAAGGAGAAGGAUGAUGUAGCUGUCGAGGCAACACCAGCCAAGAAGACACCCGUCAAGAAGGCCGCUAACAAUGAUAUGGACGACCCGGAAGCCGAGGGCGAAGAGGAGGCCGACGAGGAAGAGGUUUCUGCAGCUUUGGCUCGACCUCCUCCUGUGCACAGUGAUUACCUUCCUCUUCCUUGGAAAGGAAGGCUGGGCUACGUAUGUUCGAUCAGGUCCACGACUAUGAGAACUUUGCUAACAACAGAUUCANNGGCUUGCUUGAACACUUAUCUGCGCUACAGCACACCACCUGUGUUUGCUUCCCGCACGUGUCGCAUCGCCUCGAUUCUGGAACAUAGACAUCCUCUUCGCGAUCCCAACGAGCCCGAGCAUCCGACCAAGAACCGCCCUGAUCGCGAGCAGCCUGCCAGUAUAGAGCGAGGCCAAAAGUACGUCGAAGCACUGGGUGUGGCCAAUGCUAGAGAUGUCAUCAAGAUGCUCAGAUGGAACCACAAGUACGGCAUCAAGUUCUUGCGCCUCUCCAGCGAGAUGUUNCCCUUUGCUUCUCACGAGGAGUAUGGGUACAAGCUUGCUCCUUUCGCGGCCGAGACGCUGGCAGAGGUUGGCAAGGUAGUCGCCGAAUUAGGCCACCGUGUAACCACUCAUCCCGGCCAGUUCACUCAGCUAGGAUCGCCGCGCAAGCAGGUCAUCGAUAACGCUCUCCGAGACCUGGAGUAUCAUGACGAGAUGCUUUCUCUCCUGAAGCUUCCCGAGCAGAUGAACAGGGAUGCAGUCAUGAUUCUGCAUCUCGGAGGUGUGUUUGGCGACAAGGCGGCCACUCUGGACAGAUUCCGCGAGAACUACAAGGCACUUCCCCAGUCAGUGAAGAACAGACUGGUGCUUGAGAACGACGAUGUCAGUUGGUCGGUUCACGAACUGCUGCCUGUUUGUGAAGAGCUUAACAUCCCUAUGGUUCUGGAUUACCACCAUCACAACAUCAUCUUCGAUGCCGAACAAAUCCGCGAGGGAACAAAAGAUAUUUGCGACCUCUACCCUCGCAUCAAGGCAACAUGGGACAAGAAGGGGAUUAAGCAGAAGAUGCAUUACUCUGAACUAACUCCUGCUGCCAUUACUGGCAGACAAAGGAGAAAGCACAACCCACGUGUGGCCACCCUGCCGCCUUGCGCAGACGACAUGGAUCUCAUGAUCGAGGCCAAGGACAAAGAACAGGCUGUCUUCGAGCUCAUGCGAACCUUCAAGCUGCCUGGCUACGACACUUUCAACGACAUGAUCCCGCACGUCAGAAACGACGACAACAAGGUAGCCAUGCAAGCUUCGAAUAAGAAAAAGGCAACGCCAAAGAAGAAGGGCAAGCAGGUCAAGGACGAAGAUGAGGAGAUGGAAGACGACGCAGGUUCAGUUGUAGACGGCGAAACCUCUGCUCUGGUACCCGAAGAGGAAGUCGGUAUGGGUGGUCCCGAGGGUCGUGUAUAUUGGCCACCAGGCAUGGAAGACUGGCUCCGACCCAAGAAGCGCGAAGUCAAGCCAAAAGCACCCGGCUCCGCAAAGAAGGUCACCCCAGCACAAAAGAAAAAGGCACUCGCCGAUGCCGUUGCCCUCGAGGCCGCCGUCAAGGAACAACACGAAUCCGACGAAGAAGCCGCAGAAGCAGCCACACCAGCAACGAAGAAAGCCAAAGAAGCCCUCAAGCAAAGAGCAGCCGCCGCUCGAGCAAAAUCAGACGCCAUGCACAGCGUAACCGCUCCUCCCACAGCAGCCGCAGUAGCAGCUCCCACGCCAGCAACAAAGCCAGCACCCAAGCGCAAAGCACCCGCACCAAAAGUGAAAAAGGAAAAGGAGGAAAAAGUCGAGGUCACACCGCCCACCAGCGAUGACUCUGAGCUCGAGUCGAACUCGUCAGAAGACGAUGCUCCCGUCACUGCACCCAAGCGAUCCGCCCCUCGUGCUGGAGCGAGGUCGAGCGGCAGGGCAAACAAGUCCAAAGUCAGCUAUCAAGAGGCUGAUGUGAGUAUGGAUGAAGAUUGA